ACGUUCCUCCCUUUUGAAAGGGUCGACGUUUACCACCAAUUCAAAUUCAAACCAAUCGAGCUUUCAGAUGGAAGAGAAGAGCUGGACGCCGUAAAGGCAAUCCCAGCACGUCCCACAAAGCAUCAGAAGGCUCGUUUCGACACGGUUAUUGUUCUUGACAAGGGCGACGCGGAGUCCACCGGCGUGAUAGGUACCAGGGCUGCAAGGGUCAAGAUCAUUUUUGCCCUCCCAAAGACUCUGUCCGAGCGAUUUAGGGGCCAAACUGCCCCGUCGUGGUGGCCCAGCGGUCCUCUCGCGUACGUCGAGUGGUACUCGCGUUUUGCAUCAAGCCCCGAUCCUACACAUUUGAUGUAUACCGUCAGUAAACCCCCUUUGACGUCGAAGGGACUUCCGCAAGGAAAAAUCAUACCGUUAACUCAAAUACGUCAAUCGUGCCAACUUGCGCCGUGCUUCCCGGAUGGACCAUCGGGCACUGUACCGGAUGACUGGUCCUCCAAUACGGUGUUAGAGACAGCCAGUCGAUUCCAUGUAAAUAAUUGGACUGGCUUAUAUGCAUACCAAACACUUUGGUAG